CAACUCUAAAUGAUGGAAGAAGCUGAAGACAUCAGUUAAAACUUAUUUUUAAAAUGCUGUGUGACCACAAGUGUAAAACAAGCUGAGGGGAGAAAAGGCAAGCGCUGUCGGCUCUGAGCUGUGCCCGACCCCUCCCCAGCCCGGGGUCCUCAGCGCCCGACGCCCCCUGGUACCGUGGCCAUGGAGAGGCUCAGGGCCCAGGUGGGGAGCACGCUGGACCAGCUCACCCCGAACGAACUGAAAGAGUUCAAGUUUUACCUGCGGCACUGCGAGGAGCCCCGAAUCACUGCGCAGGACCUGGACCUGGCCGGCACCACCCCGGAGCUGGCCGAUCUGCUGCAGAAGCGCUACGUCAGGAGCGAGACGCCCAGGGUCUUAGCCCAGGUGCUGAAGCGGGUACGCCGCAUGGACCUGGCAGCCGAGUGGGAUUCCAUAGAAAGAGCUUCACGGAUGAAUUUGAAGAGACCAUAUGAAGAUGACGGCCCUGAAUUGGAACGCUAUAACAUGGACCAAAAGCGUAAGGCUUUUGUGAUGUGUGUGAAAACAGGCCGACCAGGGGCUGAGCAGGAUAUGAACAGAAUUAAAAAAUGGCUGGAUGCAUGCAAGUUUGAUUAUGAAUCAUGCAUUGAUCCUGAUGAAGAGGAGUUAUUUGAGAAAUUGAGACAGUUUCGAGAUGAAAUCAACGGAAUCCCAGAUGACAUUAGCUGUUGCCUUGUUACUCUUAUGGCCCAUGGAGAAGAAGGCGUUAUAAAAACAAAAUUGGAGGAAAGAGUCAACUUAUCAGAUAUUUUUGAAAUGUUCAGCAAUGAAAAGUGUCCAGUGCUUCAAGAGAAACCAAAAAUCUUUGUAAUCCAGGCUUGUAGAGGAGAUAAAAGAGAUGGUGGUGUUGUUCAAGCUGAUGAUGAACCAAUGGAACUGGAUUCAGAGAAGAAGCGACUUCCCACAUUCAGUGAUUACUUUAUCAUCUAUCCCACCCAAAAAGAUCAUGUUGCUUUGCGCCACCCAAAAUAUGGUUCUGUGAUGAUCCAAGCCAUAGAUGAAGUCUUUCAGCAACAUGGUAUGAAGUUACAUAUUGCAGAUUUUUUCACUCAGGUGAACAACAGAGUGGUGCACACAGACUAUUACAUGAGUAAGAAUCCCGUAAAAGUAGUACUUGUCAUGGAGUCAACUCUCACCAAAGCUGUGUACUUUUGACACUUGGAGGAGAAGGAAGAAGACAUUAAAUAAAGAAUAACUUGUUUAUGCAUUUGCAUUGUGCUUGACACUUUGUAAAACAAUGUCUUUUAUAUGAAGUAAUGACAAAACCUUCCUGGUAGGUGUUUUUCUGUCAAAAAAUGAAUUUCUCUAAUGGUUUUUAAAAUAUAUUUCAUGUUUCUAAGGAGUUUUUUUGAAAAUGCUUUAU